AGUUGAAAAUGACCUUUUUUUGUUUUUUUGUAAGCGAUUUGAAAAAGAUCUUUGUGGCAGUUCAUAUUGAUAUAUGUAAUCUUCCUUAUUCCAAACUGCCAUUGUAGCUGGGAAAUGGCAGAUUCAUCAUUCUUCAGAAUUUUGUUAUUUAUAUUUCCAUCAAUACUUGGUUUGGCUUUAAUUUCUCUUCUGUCCCAAAAAAGCUCCAGUUGGACUUUGAUAUCUACUGUUUCAAACACCAAUGUGGUUACCGCAAAGACACCACCUUCAAUUUCUGAAAGGAGAGAAGAGGCACUGGAUUUGCCUCCAGACAUUGUGGAUGGUAACGGUGGCAGUGAAGAAGCUAACUCAAAGGAUGCUGUGCCUAACAACUUGGCUUCCAUGCCAGUAGCUGCAGAGGCCUUGCAAGUUCAGAAUUUUAAUGAGAGAGAUGAAGCCAGUCAAAUUAACGCAACUGGUUCAUCCAUGAAGGAUUCACCGGAUCGUCCCCUGAAUACAAAAAGACCAAGAGUACGAAUACGAACUAAUUUAGACAGACUUGAGAUGGGUCUCCAGCAAGCGCGAGCUGGCAUUAGAGCAGCAAUGAAUGGAAGUCGAGUACAGGAUCCUGAUUACAUCCCCACUGGACCGUCCUACUUGAAUGCUAAGGCCUUUCACAGGAGCUAUCUGGAGAUGGAAAAACGGUUUAAGAUCUUCGUGUACAAAGAAGGGGAUCCCCCAUUGUUCCACGACGGUCCAUGCUAUCAUCUGUACACCACUGAAGGAAUUUUCAUCCACAAAAUGCAGAUGGACAUCCAUUUCCAAACCCAAGAUCCUGAAAAAGCUCAUGUAUUCUUCCUUCCCUACAGCAUAACGAGGAUGGUACAGUAUGUAUGGGAACGUGGACACUAUUAUGAUGCCAUAGGGAACCUAGUUCAAGACUAUGUCAAUGUUAUUGCCAGAAAACACCACUACUUCAACAGGAGUCUUGGCACCGACCAUUUCAUACUCUCUUGCCAUGACUGGGCACCAACCACUAGUUUUUACAGUCCACUCUUGGGUGAAAACUCAAUUCGUGUCCUGUGCAAUGCAAACACCUCCGAACGAUUCAACCCCGUGAAGGACGCAUCCAUCCCAGGACUCCAUCUCAUGCCUGGCAGAAGCGAGCUUGGUAGCGUUGUUGGGGGGCCAUCCCCGUCGCAACGUAGAAUCUUAGCCUUCUUCGCUGGAGGAAACCACGGCCCUGUAAGGCCAUUGGUGUUCAAGCAGUGGGAGAACAAGGACCCAGACAUUCAGAUUCAUAACUAUCUACCCAAGGGCGUUUCUUACCACAAGCUAAUGAGGAACAGCAAGUUCUGUCUUUGCCCAAGCGGGUACGAGGUUGGCAGUCCCAGAAUUGUUGAGUCAGUGAACAAUGGCUGCGUGCCGGUGCUGAUCUCGAAGAAUUACGUGCCGCCGUUCAGUGAUGUUCUGAAUUGGAAGAUGUUUGCAGUUAUUGUUUCCCUGGAGGACAUCCCCAAUCUGAAGAAAAUACUUUUGGGUAUUUCGGAUAGUCAGUAUAUAAGAAUGCAGAAGAGAGUGGUUCAGUUGGGAAGGCAUUUUCAGGCUAAUACUCCUCCCAAACGGUUCGAUGUGUUUCAUAUGAUACUUCACUCUAUUUGGCUCAGAAGACUCAACAUCAGAAUUGGUAAGGAUCUUGAUGCUGUACCCAAUUGAUGAAUCAAGUAUUGAUAACGGUUUGAUGUGUUAACGUGGACCACCUUCGACAUGAAAUUUUGAAACAAUGUUGUGAGCUCCUUUAGUGAACAUCGUACGAUAUCAAUUUUAAAUUUUAGAAUGAGUGAAAGGAGUUUAAAAAAAGGGAGGACAAUUAUUGUUGUAUAAAUUAUUCGUUUGAUAAAAAAAACCAAUGUUGUGAGAAAAUGUCCGCAAUCUACCAUAACCAUAAAAAAUGUUGGGAGAAAAUAGUCCCUCAAUAAAUUUCAGUGUUAAAA